CGUCUCCGGCAGACAGCGACCAACUACCGGCUGAAAUCCGGCAGAGCGGGGCGGCUCUUGUGAUGCAUUCAGGAACUGCCAUACAAGGUUUUAACCGGACAGGCUCCACCGUCCCUCCCGGGAUUAGAUGAUCCAGUCUGGGACCGAGCUGUGACCUCAGGAUGACGCGCCGCCGCGCCGGCCCAACCCAUCCCAUCUCCCCGCGACGCACCGCCGCUGUUCUGCCCCGCAGUCCUUCACCGGAGGAGACAAUUGUAUCCCCGAGACUAGCAGCUCCACCGGCCCGGUGCACCUAAGGCCACGCAAACUCCGUGUCGACGCCGACCGGCUACGUGUCAAGAUGUCCCACUCGGACCACGGCGUCCACUUCCAUGACCUCUCCUUCCAAACCCCCGGCACCCCCAAAGAGCUGGGCCCGGUACACAGGAAGUGAACUCAAGCGCCAUCAGACCAACACAUCUACCGACCCCUUGACCCUCCCUCCCUCCCCCCCUUCUCCUGCGUCAUGGACAGCUCCCCCAAGCUGUCGGGCGAGACCCUGAUCGUGCACCACAUCCCCCUGGUGCACUGCCAGGUGUCCGGCGGGCGACAGGGCGGCAGCUGCGGGAUCUCUCUGAAGAGGGGCGGCGGCGCCCCGCCGGCGUUCGUCCCGCCGGAGAACCUGGGCCUGAGCCGCACCACGUCGCUCCCCGAGAGGGACGUCCUCCAGAGGGAGGUGCUGCUCUACAGCAGCCUGAUCCAGACCGGCGGCGGCAAGGAGAGGGGGAGGGGCGGCGGCGGUUCGACCAUCAACGCCCACACGCUGCCCAGGGCCAAGCCGAGGAACAGGAACCCGCUGCGUCGCAAUCCGUUCCUGCUGAACACGGAGGAUGAAGAAGAUGAAGAAGAAGAAGAGGAGGAGGAGGAUGGCGACAACCUCAGCGGUUACCUCGAAGACUCCUCGUUCCACCUGCACAGCGACACCGACUCAUCCGCCCUCGACAAAGGGAUGCUUCCCUUCCAUCUGCACGACCUAGGCUUCGCCGGCGAGCCCUUCCUCCUGGACGGGGCGGCGGGCGGCGGCGGAAGCGCCCGGCGCUCCCUGAGGGCGGCGAUGACCUCCGACCUCUCCGACCUGGAGAUCCUGGGACUGGACAGCCAGCUGCGCCACAGCAGCAGCGGCUCCAACAUGUCCAUGGACUGUGGCGAGCAGGACUGGGGCGAGGACGGCGAGGAGGAGGACCACCCCAUGAGGUGUGGCCGAAGCUCCUCCUCCUCCUGCUCCUGCUGCGCGCUCUCCCGGCUCUACCCUCGCCACUUCCCCGAGUCCUUCUCGGAGCCCUUCUCGGAGUGCCCACGGGGCUACGGCAGCGACUCCUCCUGCAACAGCUCGGACGGCGUGCUGGUGAACUUCAGCGCCAUCUUCAACAAGAUGAACAACGGCGUUCCGGAGAGGCCGCCGCCGACGUCCGGGCACGCCAACCUCAAUGGCACCACGCCGGCGGUUGUUUCGGAUCUCGAGCGAAACUCCACGACGGCGGGGGCUUUCUACCUGGACCUCCACACCUCCCCGACGGAACCGCCAAUUUCGCAGUCGGGCUUCCCGCUCGCCCGCGAGCCACACCUGUCCACCUCCUCUGGCUGCUCGUGCGCCGCCGAGCACCAGGGGGCGCUGGACCUCGACGACAACUGCAACUCCUACCACCACCUGCCGCACUCCGGCUCGUCCGAAGACCUGGCUUCCUGUCUGCAGAGCCAGGCGCGGCUGGUGGUCGCCACCCAGAACUACUACAAGCUGGUCACCUGCGACCUGUCGGCCCAGUCGUCCCCGAGCCCCGCCGGCUCCUCCGUCAACAGCUGCUCCGACGAGCACAGCAAAGGCAGCCCCACCCCCACCCAGCCCAACCAGUACUUCCUGUUCCGGCAGAGGGCCGAGGAGGAAGAGGAGGAGGUAGAGGAAGAGGACGAAGAUGCGGAGUCAUCCAGGCGAGAUGACGGUGUUGACGAGGAUGACGACGACGAGGAGGAGGAGGAAGAGGAGGAGGAGAAGAAGGAUCGGCAGGCCCCCCCCGGCGCCGCGAUCCAAGGCCAGGUGCACGUCAACGUCUCCCCCCCCGCGGUUGGCCGCGCCGCCAUCGGAGCGGCGCCGGGGAGCCGCCGACGCUCUCGCAGCUACGACCGCAACCUGGACGAGUCUCCGCCCCCCCGCCGGCUCGGAGCGCUGGAGCGCAUGCUGAGCUGCCCCGUCCGGCUCAGCGAGGGCGCCGGCACCGCCACGGCGCCGGCGCCCCCGCGGGUCACCUCCUUCGCGGAGAUCGCGAGAAGCAAGCGGAGGAACGGCGGCUCUGGGGGUUCGCCGCCGCUGAAAACGACGGGUGACCCCUUCUUCUCCUCCGCUUACUCCGCCCACUCCUCCUCCCUGGACUUCUCUCCCAUCGCGGAGCGGUGUCCGGAGGCGAACUGCCGGAGCCUGUCGCCCGUUCCCUUCACCAGGUGUUACAGUCAGGGCAGCGCCGAGCGCCACCUGCAGGGGGCGAGAGAGCCCCGCACCAAGGCCGAAGGGAGUCUCUCGGCGUCCUCAGACGGCGGCCCCCCAGUGCUCCGCUACAGUAAGGACCAGCGGCCCACCAGCCUCCCCAUCCAGCCCUUCAGCUUCCACCACCAGUUCGCCUCCAGACCCCCGCAGGCCAAGCCCCAGCUGCCCCUGCUCUCGGGCUACGUCUCCGGGAUGCAGGCCCGCUCCGGGUCCGGCUCCGGGUCCGGCUCCGGCUCCGGAGACCCGGGGAUGGAGGACGAUGGCGAUGCAAUGGAAAUUGUGCUCAGGUACCACCAGGGGACCGUGGCUGCCCCUCCCCCUCCGCCCGGGUCGGUCCGCCCCUCGCCCCUCGGCAGCUACUCCCCGGUGCGGCUCCAGGCCCCGCCCAGUUCUGGGUCCUGCUCCACCUGCACCCCGCACAGCCCCUCCUGCCCGCUCUCGGCAAAGCAGGGAGGGGCUUCGACCGCUCCGCCUCCGUCCCUGGGGGCGAAGAGAGGGGCGGAGCCACAGAUGCUGCCAGCGGUGCAGGGCCACUGUUUCCACGGCGACACGCUGAGCCCGCUAGGCUGCGCGGAGUCUGGGAAACCCGGAGAGGAGAGCAAAGCACCGGGAGCCCGAACGCAUUACGAGCACCACCUCUCCCCCCAGGCCCUCAAGUGGAGGGAGUACCGCCGGCGGAACCCUCUGGGAUUGGAGAGGUCCUCGGAGGGCCCCCCGGAACCCGGGAGGGGGGCGGGGCCAGAACCCGGGAGGGGGGCGGGACCGCGACCCGCCAGGAGGAACGUGUUUGACUUCCCCUCCGCCCCCCCCCUCGCACUGGGACGGCUCAACGCAGCGGGCCAAUCAGCGAAGCUGCAGCAGAUCUACAGCGACUUCCUGCCCGACUACUUCUCCCUGACCGAGAAGCCCCCCGAGGAGUUCUGCCUCUCCCCCGACCCGUCCACCUCCUCCUCCUCCCAGGUCUCAGUGGACCUGACGCAGAAGAGAGGUUUGGUGAAAGCCGUGAACACGGCGGUGGAUCUGAUCGUGGCACACUUCGGCACCAGUCGAGACCCGGAUGUGAAGGCCAAGCUGGGGAACAGCUGGGUGAGCCCCAACGUGGGGCACCUGAUCCUGAAGUACCUGUGCCCGGCCCUGCACCAGAUGCUGCAGGACGGCCUGAAGGCUCACAUGCUGGACCUGAUCAUCGGCCAGCGGCGCUGUCGGCCCUGGAACUUGGCGGAGGCCUCAACGCAGCUGGGUCCCUCCACCCGUGUCCUUCACAGCUUGUUCUCCAAGGUGAGCCAGUACUCGGAGCUCACGAGCCACAGCAUGAGACUCAACGCCUUCGUCAUCGGCCUCCUCAACCUCAAAUCUUUGGAGUUCUGGUUCAAUCAUCUUUACACACAUGAAGACAUCAUAGCGGCGCACUACAACGCGUGGGGUUUCCUGCCCCUGUCUCAAGGGGCGUGCCAGCCGCUCUUCCGGGAGCUCCUCCUCCUGCUGCAGCCGCUGUCGCUCCUCCCCUUCGACCUGGACCUGCUGUUCGAGCCGCGCCUCCUCCAGAAGGGCCGCGAGCACCUCCGCCGCAAGGAGCAGCUGUGCUCCUCCUCAGUCGUCGAGCGGUCGACGGCGACGCGCUCCACCUUCCAGCUCAUGAGGGGGUGGGGCGCGACGGUCAGCGACAUGGUCAGGGACUCCUCCGGCGGGGGGGAAGCGAGGCGGGACAGGCCGGGGCUGAGGAUGGAGGGAACGUGGCCGAGGACGGAAGGAGUCGGCGCUGGGGCGGAGGGAGCGAAGCCGAGGUUGAAGAGUGAGGGGGCGACCGCGACGGAGGUCGAUCUGUGGACGCAGCAGGGGAUGAGCGGGCGGAGGAUGAAGGGUGUGGGACAAGAGAGCCAAGGAGACGGUGAGGAGAAGGUCGGGAGGAAGGAGAAGGAGAGGGAUGUGGCGGAGGAGGGGCGGCAGCGGCAGGAGCGCCAGGCGGGCUGGUGGUACCAGCUCAUGCAGUCCUCCCAGGUCUACAUCGACCAAUCGGCAGAGGGCUCCAAGUUUGUCAAGACGGAGAAGAGGAGGAGGCCGUCGGAGAGGCGGCAGAACCAGCCGCCGCCCGCCAGGGAGGGCGUGGUGGAGGGGGCGGAGUCGAGCCAAGAGGGGGAGGGGCAAAGGAACAGGAGCUCCGGCGGGGCGUUAGCCGGGUCCGGGGGGAGGCCGUCGUGGAUGGGCAGCCCGCCGGACUCGGUCCUGAACCAGGAGAAGGAGGCCAAACCCCCGGGGGGUACCCAAGAGGAGAGACCCCCAAAGGGUCCGCGCUGGGGCCGGCUAUUUGGAGCCAACGUCUGUUCCUCUACGAGGGCGGAGCCAGCGCAGAAGACCAGGCCGCCGUCCGGUUGGUUCUCUCUGGACCGGUCGGUUCUGGACCUCGUGGCUCAAACUAUCGGAGCAGGCGGCAAGAAGGCGGAGCCUCCUGCGGCACUCGCCCAGACCCAGACGGCCCCCCCACCGCCGACUGAAGCCAGACAACCGUCUCCAUGCGAGGUUCGGGCCCUGCGCCGCCACGUGGCCACCGAGCCCGGCCGGCUGAGCUUCGGCCAGGGCGACGUGCUGCGGGUCCAGAGCCGGGGGCCCGAUGCCGACUGGCUGCUGUGAGAUCAAAGGUCCAAGGUCAACCCGCGGAUCAGUGCGCAGGAGAGAGGAUGUACAGGCUCAUGCAGACUGAGCAUGCAGACUAGAACUAGUCCACUUCAUAGGGUUCUUCAGACUGAGUGCAUGAAACCCAAAGACGCUCCUCUAUUAUUAUUAUUAAUAUGAUUAAUAUGGGAGAGUAGAAAUAACCACACUGGAGUUUAGAUCUCCUCCCAUCAUCCACCUGUGUGUCUUUAUCUCAAGUUACUGUGAGGAACCUUCAACUGGUCCUGAACCACCUCAGUUAGUCCUGGUCCUCUCUAGACCUCCAUCAGUAAACAGACCACCAGAGAGAAGGUGGUCUGGUUCUAUAGAGUUCUUCUUGAAGCUCCUCAUCGGAGCCACCGGGUCUGAUUCUGUAGAGACCAGAUGACGUCAAGCAGGUUCACCAGAACCUCCUUCUGCUCAGACCCAGAUCCAGCAGAGACCAGCCACCGUGGACUAGACCCAGAUCCGGCUUCACCUGCAGCCUCGGACCUGGACCUCCUCCUCCUCCUCCUCCUCCUCCAGAACCAGGACUACGAGGGCCAGACUGUCAGACCCUGCUGCAGUGGAGGUUUCCUAAAGGGACCCUGGUGCUCAGCGACAGUACCGCUCUAGUCCACAAGGGGGCGCCAGAAACACCACGUGAAGGCUCCUCGCAGUAACUUCAAAUUCAUAUAAUUCCCCCCCCCACAGUCCAGUUUGUUUUGGUCCACAUGUUCACGUGAUGGUCACAAACUGUAAAUACAUAACUUAUGUUCAUUUAUUUAAUUUAAGGAUGUCCAAUGAAAGCCGAGGAGCCGAGUGAAACCUUCGAGGAGGCGCUGAGGCUCAUUUAGAGUAAAUAAUCUCAUCCAUGCCUUAAGGAGAACGUCGGACAUAUUUGUCUCAUUAUAUUUUGUAUGUGUCAUGUGACGCGAUGACAUGAGCGUAAAUCUAAAUACUUCACAUAUACGACGCUAAACGAAGUCCGUGUGCAUUUAUUAACUCAAUGAAUGCUUCUGUGUAGUUUUUGAAAAACUUCACGAUAUAAUUUCACCUGGUUAAGAAGUUUCUUUCGUUGCAUUAUUGUACAGCUUUUAUUAUUUUCAUGUAUAUAUUUAAUUUCAUGCAAUUUGAACUGUACAUAUAUUUAAAUCCUGCAGAGCUCCACGCGUGUGAAUGUUAAUACAGAUUUAAUAAUGUGAAAUACAGAGAGCGAGUAUAUUCUUUAGUUUCAGACGUGAUGGAACCCAGAGAGACAUUGUGGCUCCUUUCCUUCCUUCCCUCUUCCUGCCUGUAAAUACCUUGUCCGGCUGUGUGACGUGUACGUACGACAUUAUAAAACUAUUAUGGAUGUUCAAUAACAAAGUGCUCAUGUGAUCACA